AUGUCUCACGAUCUUCGCUAUGAUUACCAUUUCUAUUCCCAUCAACAAGGAAUGGAGGGUUAUUUAUUCUCUUUAGAUUCAAUUAUGCGAAAUGAUCCCAAACUUAGAAGGCCGCUCAAGUUUGACGAAACCAAUUGCGUGUUUUGUGCCUUGGAAACUGGUGAUUUUGAAAUUGGUAGAAAAUUCUUUAAUAAUUGGUACAAAAAAGCUGAUAAUGAAGAUGCUCUUUUAAAUCCCAUGUCCGUGUUAACUCAAUGGUUUUCUGAAGGAGAUGAUUUGCAAAAAUAUGUUGAUAUGGAAUGUAUGAAUGCAUUGAUUGCUUUCUUGAAUAGUUCUGUGAGAUAUGUACCAUUCUAUGCAAGCAGAUGUUUGGACAUUCUCACAAGAGAAAGAUGUGGAUUGGUCUUGUUGAAAUUGCAUGACCAAGAAAUGGCUUCUAAUGAUCAAGCAUCUCUUAGAAAGUUGAUGGAUAACUUGAUUUCCAUGAUGUUAAAAGAAACAUCUCUGGAAAAACGAGAAGGUUUAUUGAUUUUUGCAAAUAUUUGCAAAUUUAUAGUCAACGAAGAUACUUUGGAUGAAGACUUUUAUGUCGAAAAGUUUUAUAAUUUGGCUCAACGAGUGAAGGCAUUGUUAUUGGAAUUCCGUUUCUUUAAUUCGAUCGUUCAUUGCUUGAAAUUUCUCAACAUGACACAAUUCAAGUGUGAAAUGAGGGACGGAAUAGACAUCAAUAGUUUAAAGACGAGUUCAACAAGAGAUGUCACAAAGGUUGGAGACGAUUUUAUUGAAAUUAGAAAAUUUGGAAAAGGAACAAAUCAAGAAAAGCUUCUUACUAGAGGGGAGUGUUCAAUGACAGGAACUAAAUUAAUGAAUGCAGCUGUUGUUGAUUUUCAGAGAAGUAUGGCAAAAUGCAUUUACAGAUUCUCACUUGUGAAAUUCGAUAAGGAAAAAGCAAAAUCAAAUUUUAAAGGUCAAGCCACACUCUUUGUCACUCUCUGCACCCAGCUUUUGAAGAAAACCUCUGACUAUGCCACACAAUGUUACUUGUUGGGAGCUCUUUGCUCAUUCCAUGAAAAAGGAUAUUUUGAAGGAAGUGAUUGUGACAUGUCCAGUAUUUUAUGGGAACACUUGAGAGGAACAUUUUUCUUCAAUUCAGAAGCUAUGAAAAACAGAGACUCUAAAAUUGGCUGGGAUGCUGAAUGCCCAACUUUACCAGAGAAAGGUUGGUCAGCCUCAACGAGAUGGGUUCAGCUGUCUGCAAAGCUUGAACCUGAGUAUCAUGAAACAAGUCUCGCUUUAGAAGACUUGUCCAACAAAUUAAGGAAAAUAUUGGUAGGAAUUACUGAUGAACAAAUUGAACAAGCAGAAAAAGCAGCUCACCAAAAUGUUUCCUCAAGCAACACUAAUGCUUCAGAAUCAAAUACUUGCAACACAUGUGGAAAACCUGCAACUAGCAAGUGUUCGCAAUGUAAGAGCGUUUUUUAUUGCUCGGUUGAAUGUCAGAAAAAGAAUUGGCCUGAGCACAAGAAAACUUGUGUCAAGAAAGUGUAA